AUGGAUGAUCCAGGAGAAGCUUCAUCUCGUAAAAGCGAUAUAAUACACGUCAACUACAACAAUGAUCCGUAUUUAGCUGAUUUUUUGGAUUAUGAGAAUGAUUUUAUUCAAACUUCAACUCAACCUCAAGCUAAAAGUCAAUAUGAUGGUUUCUAUGAGCCAAAUCCAGAUGAUGAAUACAUUAUGGAAGAACCUUCUGCUGAUAAUACACAGAUCAUGGUUUAUGAACCUCAACCAAUGCACGAGCAACCUUCGGCUGUUAACACUAUUUACGAAGACAAUCGAGAUAACUUCCAAAAUGACUUGAGAUGGGGAAGUAAAGAGGAAGCAAAAACUUGGGCUUAUGAACAUGGAUUGCUAAUAAAUUGCGUGCUAGUUACCGGGAAACAAAGCCGAUGGAACCGGGUUGAAAUGGUUUGUGAGAGAAGCGGCAAAGACGUCGAUAAACAUAAAAAAGGUUCCGUGUAUGUUGGGAAGACGGGUAGAAAGGACAAGACCAAGACGAAGAAAAGAGAAUGUCCUUUCAAGAUCGUUUUUAACUAUAUAGAAGAAGAGAACGAAGGUGAAAAAUAUUGUACUAUGAAUAAAAAGAUGGAUUGUCGUCAUAACCACCCACCUGCACUUGAUCUUCAUGGACAUGCAAGAGUCGCAAGGAUCAAAGACCACGAAAUGGUCAAAAUAGAUAAGAUGUAUAAAGCACGUAUGCCACCGAUUAAAAUCCUAAGCAUGUUGAAGGUGGAUGACCUGCAAAACAAAUCCACUCUACGAAAUAUCUACAAUGCCAAAAGUACUUUGAGGAACAAAGAAUUGCAAGGUAGGGUAGUGAUGCAACAAUUGAUGUGGUUGGCGGGGAAUAACAACUACAUGGUCCAAAAGGAAGUGGAUGAGUUCGGCCAAGUCACACAUCUAUUUCUUGCUCAACCGGAUUGCGUUAAAUUAGCUCAAUGUUUUCCGCAAGUACUUAUAAUGGAUUGCACCUACAAGAAAAAUAAAUAUGAGAUGCCGUUAUUGAACAUAGUGGGGCAUACCUCAACCAAGGCACCAUUCACCGUGGCCUUUUGUUUAUUAAGAGAUGAGUUGAAAGAAAGUUAUGUUUGGGCAUUAGAGCAAUGUAAGUUAAUGUUUCGGGAGGAUGCUCUUCCUAAGGUGAUUGUAACCGACCAAGAAUCCGCUUUGAUGUAUACCAUUGGUAAGGUAUUUCCGGACGCCCAUAAUUUUCUUUGUACUUUUCAUAUAGGGAACAACGUUAGGAAAAAAUGUCAACCAAUAAUUCAACCGCUUAAGAUGAAAGAAUUGGAGGAUAUUAAGUCACUACCGGAUGGAAUACGAGAAAAGAAAAAGGAUAAAUUUAUGAAGGAUUAUGAUGAGAAUGAAAGGUUGUGGGCUUGUUUCGUACGUGAAUGA